GUUCUAAAAAUAAAAACAAAUUAAAAAAAAAUUAUUGAAACCCCAAAAAAAUAUGAGAGAUAAUAUAAAUAACAAAAUUUCAGUGUUCAACAAAUUGAUUGGACUGGGCGAAGAAGUGUCAGCAAAUCCCUUCUAUACGGUGCCACAAAACUCAAAAACCAAUAUCGAACCGAAAUUGGAUUUAUAUAAAACCGAAGAAACUUUGGAAAAUUCUACGAAUAAUUUCAAACAAACCAUUUGCAAAUGUCCACAUUGUGAAAAUAUGGCAAAAAAUUUCCUCUACCUAGAAAGUCUUAUACGAACCAACUAUAAUGCCAGCAAUAACUGUAAUGUUUGUAACUCUUCCCUGCAAUAUCUGCAGUAUGUAAAUAAGAGUAUCAUGAAAAUAUUUGGUAAUUUUGAUUCUAUAGUAGAAGCAGCUAAAGCAUUUGGACUCAACAAUAUUAAAUCGAAAACAAAACUGGCCAAAUUAAGUACUAAACAUGCUAAAAGACUUACAAAGUCUAAUCACCUAAGUCUUAAAGCACAGAAAGUUGCAGCAACUGCAAAACAUCAUCAUCAUCAUGUAAAGAAAAUGCCAUCAAAUGUUUUAAAUUCGAGCAAAAAGAUUCAAGGUAGUUUUAUCAAAAAUCCAAUUGCUAGUUCGAAAAAAACCAAUAAAAAGAAAUCGAAAUUUAAGAAAGAUGCAAGUAAUCAUAGUGCGGUUAAAACAUCUAUCGAUGGUACAAUUACGAAGGCUGUAAAAGGGAAGAGGAUUAAAGUUUUAAAGAGUAAAACGAGAAAUCUAUUGCAUAAAUUUAAAACAAAGAAAAAUGUUUAAAUGUUAAUUCCAUUUUUGAAAUUUUGAAAAUUAUUUUGGUUAUUAAAAACGAUUUCGAUUAAAAAAUUUUAAUUUUUA